GGAAACUUAUACAAUACGGCCCAUAAUAAAUGCAGUGGCCCAAUAAGAUUAGGGAAAAGAGAGAGUUACGAAGAAGAUAUAAAAACCGGUUACCGAAAAUCGGAACGAUUCGAGAACUAAAUUGAUUCGUGUGUAUUAUACUAUUUUUAUCGCCGUUUUCGUGUUGCGUGCGUUUUCAUCAGAAGACGAAGAAUAAGAAGAAGACGACGCUGUGGUUCAAAAGAUCUAAAAUUUCUCAAGGCUAAAAUCCAAAUCAGCCAUGGAUUCUUCUCAUUACAAUCCUACCUACGAUCCAUGGAAUUCUCCUUACUCUCCUCAUCUUCAUCCUCCCUCUGCUCCUCUUCCGCCGCCACCGCCGUUACCGCCUCCUCCUCCUCCUCGUCAAUCUCAUCCCGAAAGCCCUAAUUUAUAUGGUCGAUCAACUCAGAGCAAUGGUCAACGUCAAGAUUACCUCCAUCAAUACUCUCAUCAUCGCCAAGAUCUUCCGCCCAAUACGGUGGUUAAUCAGCCGACUUCAAACUACUACCAGCAUCCGCCACCGCUCCAGCAACAGCAUCAGCCACUAUCGCUUCAGCAGCAGCAGCAGCAUCCUCAAUACAUUCCUCAGCAGGUUAGUUAUGAGCCUCAAAGAAUAUCACAGCCGUUGACAUCGAGUAUUCAAUGUACGGAAUCUCAGUCUGAUUGGGUUGGGUUCAAUGAAAAGCGGCUUGAUUCAUGGACAGUGGAUUCAGGUCCGGGUCGAAGCCGAGUGGAUGAUGGUCCAAGCCGUAACUAUCAGUAUGACUACAGCCGUAACUCGUCGGGUGUUAAUCGUGGUUUAGAUGGUAGUUCUAGGUCUAGAGAUGAGUUUCGUAGUCUUGGAUAUGCUAGAAAAGAAUCUGGAGUCACUAGAACAGAGGGGAAUUAUCAAGCCCGUGGUCAGUUAAAAUCAGAAUCCGAUAGAUAUGUUAGGGGUUUAGGUGAUGGAAAUAGGGUUUUAUCCUCUAGUGUUGGUUAUGGCAGUGACAGAUAUGGUCUUACAGUAAGUCGAGAUGUGACUAGGUCAUCAGCAAGCCGUGAAGGGGCUAGAGAAACACGUAAUGAAGGGAGGACUCUCUAUCCCGAGAAAAAGGAUGAUUACUAUCAUUCUGAGAUUGAACAAUAUUUUGAUCGUGGAAGGAGAGAGGCGAGCAAUGAGUUGAAUCGAACACCUAGGAAACAAGUUCAGAAGAAGAGUGCUCUGCUAAGGCUUGAAACUCCAAGAUCCUAUAAAAACAGUAGAGAGAAUGAAUGGUCUCGGCAACAUAAUCAUCAUAAUGGUAAUGGGAAAAGGUUUAACUCUAACUCAUAUAGGGGUAAGGAACACUUGGGUCAUUCUGAUCGUGGACUGGUGGAGAAGCAAAGGGGGAGAAGUCCAGUGGAUCUUGAUAUAUCAUUUAAAUCGAAUGUUCUGGUAGCUAAGCCCGUAGCAUCACCUACAAGUGCAGGCAUCCGUUCGGGUGCGUCUGUGACACCUAGGUCUAUUAAAGCUAGAAGAGCUUUGCUUUCUGAUAAAAAUGAGAAAGUUUCAGUAACUGAAAGAAAUGGAAAGCUGGGAACCCAUUUGUCAGAUGAGAUUUCGGUUUCUGAGGGCUUCAGACGGUCUACAAGGCAAACUACUGCAUCUAAAAAUGAAAAAGAACCUGACAGUCACUCAACCCCGUCUUCCAGUGAUUCUGGUGGUAAGCUAAACAAGGUACGAUUUGUUAAUGGUGUCGUUCAGGACAGCAAAGUCAAACUUACCGAUUCAGGUCCUGAAGCUUCAACUCAUGAUACAGAAAAGAUCUCUAGUUUUUGUGAGACUUUGAUAGAGGCCAAGGAUGACAUUAAUGUCAAACAUGGUAUCAAUACGGAGGCUUGCUCCACUGAGGAAGGUGUUAUUGAUGGAAAUCAAAGUACACUGAAGUCUCAUGAAGAUGUGUUGGACAGAACGAGCACUGAUUGUAAUGCAGGCGAAGCGCUUUUGCCGAAGGUCAUGGAGAUGGAUGAAAUCCUGAAGACAAAGACAACAAUCAAUACGUCUCCUGGUAAGUUACCUGUAUCAUGGCCAACCGUCGCUGAUCUUUCUGGGUGUUCUGAGGACAUGGAUUGUGAUGAGGAUAUGGAUUGUGAUGAGGACAUGGAUUGUAUACCAUCAAGGAAUAUACCAAUGAUGGAAGUAAAUACUGGGUUUGAAGAAAGAAAAUCCAUUAAUUCAUCUGAUGGAUCUUUGGGUUAUGGAGGAAAGGAUUUUCAGAAGCCAUAUCUAGAUGCUUCCAUCUAUUUUAAUAGAGAAGACCCUGGUGAUAAGGUGUUGGCGAAGUCAGAUAUCGGUGGUAUUGAAGAUGACAACAAGAGGAUUGAUAAGAAUGUAGAUUCCUUGUCUCCUGAAAAUGACUCCUCUAGGGGUCGCCCCAUGGGUCUGGAUUCCCCUGCCUCUCUGGACAUUGCUAAUGUUUCAUUGGAUCUUGCUAAUUCAAAUAAUAGUGCGUCAGGGGAUCUUGCUAAUGCUAACAGUUUUACCGUUGGGACAUAUAUGAAUCCUAUGGUCACGUCACCUGAUAAGAGUGUAGUUUUCCAGAUGGAAAGUAAAAAUCUUCCUCACUGCAAAAACACAGUCAAUGCACCGGUUGAGAAUGUUAGCGGAAAAGGAUACAUGGAAACUACGCCUCUUAAUGUUGCUGCAGAAACGGCUGACAAUAUGGACAGUGAAGAAGGUAAACAGACUUGUGUAAACGACACUUCUUCAUCUCUGACAAAGGUUGGAGUAAAGGGAUCAUCAAAUGUGCUGUCUGUGGAGAGGACUGGUGGCUGUUCGCAUAGUGAUGAAUCUGAUUUAGCUAUGGCAGUGCCAUCUGAGGGGUGUAUGGAAAAUGUAAGCACCGAGAGACUUGUCCCUGAUGAGGAGCUGAUUUUGAAAUCUUAUCAUCCUGCAGAAAUUCCUUGUGUAGAUAGUGGUUCUGAUAGUAGAGGUUUGAAAACUUGUUUAUUGGAGCCAAAUGUUUCUCUUAGCAAAGAUCUUACUGAUUGUGCGAGAGAGAGUCUUGUUGAGCAAGAUGUUAGCCAAAGAUCUGCCAUAUUUUGUGAUAAAUUACCUAGCUUGUCUGCGUUCGUAACUGAAACAACUCUUGCAAUUGGAAUUAAUGGCAUGUCUGGUAAUGAAACAGUUACUGAUACUGAAUCUGGUCUCCACGAAAUUCAACCAUGUACAACAGUAUGUAAGUUGUCUCCUGAAGAUCGUUUUGGAUAUGGAUCAUCUGGUGCCAUUGGUUCUGUCCGGAGUCUCUCUAUAGAUAAAAAUCUUGAAAAGGAUUCUUCAAAGGUCAGUUCUUGCUUAGUAUCUGAUAAUUCUGUUAGUCCUUGUCAUAUUUCGCCAUUGGUGGCAGUGAAUGAGGAGAUACAAAACAAAAUAUCUGUUAAAGCUAACUACAGUAAUUCUCAAGAUGGCAUCAAGCAUAAGGAAGAUAAUUGUACUGAAAGCGUUGAGGUAGAAACUCAUGAAGAGAAAGCAAAGCUUCCUGGAGGAACUUCUAAGUACAGAACUCCGGUAACUAAUAUUACUGCUGGUAGUGGGGGGGACUCUCUGUUUUUAUGUGAUUCUUUAUCCAGCUCACGAAGGCGGAUACGGAGUGAAGUUCAUGUUUCGGCUGUGGUUGAUGAAACUAGCAAAGGUGAAGAGAAAUCCAAGCCUUCUGGUGGUAUUGUUGCUGUUAGGAGGGAUUCAGUGUUUCCAUGUGAUUCUCUAUCCAGCUCGCCUAGGCUGUCCAGACCGUUACGGAGUGAAAUUCAUGUUGCUUCUAUGGUUGAUGAAACUAGCAAAUCUAUAGAGAAAAUAGAGUCUUCUGGUGGAACUUCUGAGCACAGAACUCCGGAAACUGAUAUUGUUGCUGGUAGUAGGGAUUCAGUGUUUCCAUGUAAUUCUUUAUCAAACUCACAAAGGCUGAGCUUCAGGCAGUUACGGAGUGAAAUUCAUGUUGCUAAUAUGGUUGAUGAAACCAACAGAGUUAAAGAGAGUCAAAAUGGAGAUAGUCUUUUAGAUACUUUACAAGAGCAAAUUAUGACCUCCCAUGAGUUAACCCAGCCAGGUUCUUCGGCGCAUUGUGAUUUAGUUAUGAAGCCAAUGGGUGAUCCAAUAGCGAAACUGACUGAUAUAACUUCUGAUGUGGGCUCUCAAGAAAAAGACUUACGGAACAUUGCUAAGACUGAUACAUUUGAUGGCGAAGCAGUGUCAUCUGAUGGACAAGUUUCUGGAACUGAAAUUCCUGGUGGUUCAGGUGUUCGUGUGUCCAGAUCAUACUCACAUGCAGAUGUUAAAUUUGCUUUGACCCAUGUUAAAGAGCAUGUAGUCUCUGUACCACACCGGGAUCCCCAAAGUAAGACAUCUAUGAAUUCUAAGUAUGAAAUAGAAAAGAGGAAAAAGAAACCCAAUUACUCUACUCAGAAAAGUUAUCCCAGUUCCCUGCCUUAUGUGUCUGACACUAAGAAAGAUGCUAACCCUCCAAUUCAUAUCACAAAGCGUCACACUUGGCAUCGAAAGUCCGAUGCUUCUCCCUCUUCUUUUGUAGCUGCCAAGCCUUUGUCGUCUACGUUGUCUACACAACAGAAGUUUCCCAAAGUGACUGCCCAAUCUAAUAAUAGUUACGUACGUAAAGGGAAUAGUCUUCUUCGAAAACCCUCACAUGGUUCUCCUGGUGCUGCCCUUGGAAUACCUCCAUCUGCUAUCCAGUUGAACCAUUUCACUGUGGAAGACAAAAGCACGGGAUCUUCCAAUAUGGUUGAUGUAGAUAAUGCUUCUUCACUUGUUAAAACAGGGGAAAUAGCUACUCUUGAGAGGCAGUCAAAGCCUCCCUCAGACAGCAGCACUUCCAAACUAUCAAAUGCCAUCGCUACUUCAUCAGGAAAAUGUGCUUUAUCUUACAGCACGGAUCAUCUCACCACUGGUUUACCUGAGUCUAUCAUGGAUUCUGCUACAUCUGGAGAAGCUAAUUUUCCACAUUCUGGUGGGGACACAUUGAAGACAUCUGAUACACUGAUUCAGACGGGUUAUGCUUCAGAUUGCCAGCAGAAGAGAAAUCCGUCUGACUUGGAUUCUUCAAAUUUGAAGAGAAUGGUAUAUGUCAAGAGAAAGGCAAAUCAGUUGGUUGCAGCUUCAGAUAUUCAUGAUGUAAGUCAGAACCAGAUUCCUUCCUCUGAUGGGUACUUUAAGCGAAGUAAAAAUCAGCUAGUAAGGAAUUCAGAGAGCCGUUGCAAUCAGUCAAUUUCCUUGCCUGAUGAUGCAUUAGAUACACGAUCAGCUGCAAACAUGGUUUCGGAAAGACCAUCUAGCUCAGCAUUCUCUGACUCUGCUGUCAUGCGACCAUUUAAGCAAUCAAAGUUUUCUCUGGUUUGGACGCAAAAUGAUCCGCAGCCAAGAAUGCCCAUAGCUCACAUGCGAAAUCAGAAUAUUGUGCCGCAACUUGUUCCCUGGAAAAGAGUGACGUACUGGAGAAGAUUAAUGAACUCAGUGUCUGCUUUCCGAAAUGGUUCUUCUCUCAACAUUAGCCGAAAGUUGUCAAUGAUGAGGAAGAGACACACAAUUUACACAAGAUCAACUAAUGGGUAUUCCCUCAGAAAAUCUAAGGUAUUAAGUGUUGGUGGGUCGCAUUUAAAAUGGUCCAAGUCCAUUGAGAGAGACUCGAGAAAAGCUAAUGAGGAGGCCACAUUGGCUGUGGCUGCAUACUCAAAGAAAGAAAGUGAAAAGCAAUCUGGACAAAAUAAUACUAGUACGGCGAGCAGAAACCAUCUGGCACGGGAGCGCGUUUUCAGGUUUGGUUCCCUUCGUUAUAAAAUGGACUCUUCAAGACGAACUCUUCAGAGAAUAUCUGAUGUUGAUUCACCGUGCUCUGGACCUUCUGAAAAUGGAAAGGGUGUGAAAAGACCGUUUAUCCCAAAGAGAUUGGUGAUCGGCAAUGAAGAAUAUGUUCGGUUCGGGAAUGGUAACCAGCUUGUCAGAGAUCCAAAGAAACGAACUCGUGUGUUGGCAAAUGAGAAAGUCAGAUGGAGCCUGCACAAUGCCCGGUUGCGGUUGGCUAAAAAGAAGAAGUACUGCCAGUUUUUCACAAGAUUUGGGAAAUGCAACAAAGAUGACGGAAAAUGUCCCUAUGUUCAUGAUCCCUCGAAAAUUGCUGUUUGCACCAAAUUUUUGAAUGGAUUGUGUGCAAAUGCAAAUUGCAAAUUGACUCACAAGGUUUUCCUACUAAGUCAUUGCUGCAUAAUUGUACUUACAGAAAUCUCUAACUGGAUAACUUAUUUCUUCCACAGGUCAUUCCAGAAAGGAUGCCUGAUUGUUCUUAUUAUCUGCAAGGUAAGAAUUUCCACUGUACUAAGAUCCCAUUGCGGCUACUCACAAUACUAAUACCUAUAAUGCAGGCCUAUGCAACAAUGAGGCAUGUCCAUAUAGGCAUGUGCAUGUCAAUCCGAUCGCCCCUAUAUGUGAUGGGUUUUUAAAGGGAUACUGUUCCGAAGGAGACGAGGUAAGGAUUCCACUUAAAAUUGGCAUCUAAUACGUGUUGACAUGCAUAUCCACCUUUCCUUUGCACUGCUAGUGACUCUCUUAGUGCCCUUGAUCCUAUCUAAUUCUUUUGAUUACUUCAGUAGCAUAUUAAGUAUACUAAUACCAUAAGGAGUAUAAGGGAAAGAGAUCCCUCUCUGGCUUUAUGUCAUACAUUUUUUUUCUCCAUCUCAAUUCGCAAACACAUGAUGAAGAUUGCGGAUUGUCUCUACAUAAUGGUCACAGUGUCGGAAGAAGCAUUCCUACAACUGCCCGGUUUUCGAAGCCACUGGAUCAUGCUCUCAAGGAUUGAAAUGCAAGCUCCACCACCCCAAGAACCAAAGCAAAGGAAGAAAGAGAAAAAGAACAAACGAACCAUCACAGAAAAAUGCCCGUAGGCGUUACUUUAGUUCACUUCACAACAUCCUUUCCGAGUCUGAGCCAAUGGUAUUCAAUAGGCGUUCUACUGACAGUGAAGUUUUUGGAAUGGAAAGCCUCGAUUUUAUAACCCUUGGCACUGCUGAGUAUGAAGCCGGUGAUGACAAUGAUCCAGCCACCGUGCAAUCUAUCUCCAGUGACAGUGAAUCACUAAUCUCAAUAUACAAUCUAAUCACACCAGUAGCUCUGAUGCAGUAAGAAGCAUCAGUUUGUUUUGGUGAGUACAAAGGUAAGCUCAAGGGGAUUCAGAUUCGUCACAUUCAAGGAUGAGAAAUCCAUGAAGGAUGUGAUCGAGGGAUUGGCUGGACAAGAGCUCGAUGGUCGCAGCAUCACUGUGAUAAUGGCUCAGUUACGAGGAAGUGGUAGAGGUAGUGAGGAUACAGCAGCAGUGGUGGCGGUUACUCAGGAGAAGGUGGUUGUGGCUAUGGAGUUGGUGGUGGUUACUCAAGAGGAGGUGGUCGUGGCGGUAGAGGCGAAGGAGGAUACAGCGGCAGUGUUGGCGGUUACUCAAGAGGUGGUGGUCGUGGCGGCAGAGGCGAAGGAGGAUACAGCGGCAGUGUUGGCGGUGAGGAGGAUAUGGUGGUGGUCACGGAGGAAGAGGAGGUGGAGGAUGGUUAUUCCGUAUUGGUUCUGCCUCAUCUGGGUUCUAUGUGUUGUCUUUGGUUUUACUUUUGCUACUUUGGAUGUAACAGGUCGUGUGAUUAAAUUUGAUAUCUGGAAACGUAAUGGUAAGUCACUUUUCCUUGUCUAAAUUAAUAACAAUCUUCUUGGCGAGAAUUGAUUUGUGUGGGUCUGAUUCGUUUUAUCAACUAAUUCCAAGAUUUUGUAAUCAAUAUUCCUCUAAUCCUCUGUUUUCCCUUUUUCCCCCUAAUCAAUUAUA